GCGUAGAGGAUUGUGGGGCGUUGGAUGUCUGCGAUUUCACGUUACAUUUUACACUUACUAUACGCGCAAUAUAAUCCUCACUUUUGUAGUUGUAUUAACAAUGCCAAAUUAUAUCUCAAACUGUUAUAGAAUUGCUUAAAUCUACAAUCUUUGCAUAAUAUUUCCUUGUACUGUCUUCAUUCUUGUUUACCUAAGGCAACUAUUUAAAACGGUAAUAACGUAUGCGCAUGUAUUUGGCUAAAUAUGGUAAUGCGUUGUAGAAUUGUUGCUAAUGCUAAAGAUUUCACGUGGAGUUUGCUUCAAUAGCCUUGCGAAGAUGGCACAAUUCACUUUUAUCGAUAUUGGUGUUAAUCUAACAGACCCAAUGUUUCGAGGAGUUUACAGAGGAAAUCAAAAACAUAAAGAUGACUUUAAUCAAAUUAUUGACCGUGCUGUCAAAGUUGGGGUUCAAAAGUUCAUGAUCACAGGGGGGAGUCUUGAAGACAGCAAGGAGGCCCUGAAAUUAGCAGGAACCAGAGAUGAAUUUUACAGUACAGUUGGAUGUCACCCAACACGCUGCAGCGAGUUUGAACAGAGCGGACCAGAUCAGUAUUUCACCUCACUGAGGGAUUUGGCAACAUCAAACAAGGGAAAGGUGGUGGCAAUUGGGGAAUGUGGAUUAGAUUUUGACAGGUUGGAAUUCUGUCCAAAAGAAACACAAAUGAAGUAUUUUGAGAAGCAGUUUGACUUGGCUGAGGAAACCAAACUGCCAAUGUUCCUUCAUUGCAGAAACUCUCAUAUGGAUUUCCUUGACAUUAUGAAAAGAAACAGAGACAGAUGUGUUGGAGGUGUGGUUCAUUCUUUUGAUGGAACUAAAGAAGAUGCUGCUGCCCUUAUGGACCUGGAUCUGUACAUUGGCAUCAAUGGCUGUUCUUUAAAAACAGAAGCAAAUAUUGAAGCAAUGAAGUCCAUUCCCAGUGAAAGACUGAUGCUUGAGACAGAUGCUCCAUGGUGUGGGGUGAAGAACACUCAUGCGGGGGCAAAGCACAUCCAAACUACCUUUCCUACAAAGAAGAGAUGGGAGGAAGGACACUGCUUGAAGGACAGGAAUGAGCCCUGUCAUAUCAUACAAGUGCUUGAGGUCUUAGCUACUGCGAGGAAUGAGGAUUCUAUGGACAUGGCAAAGACAAUUUACAACAACACAAUUAAAGUUUUCUUCAGUGGAAGCUGAUUACAUCUCCUAAGA